AACUCGCGCACCCAUAAUGCUUCCAAAUAGAAUACACAUAUAAAACCAAAGACAGAAAACGAAUGCACUUUUUAUGAGCAUUUUGAACCGCGUCGUCUGUGCUUGAAGCGUUCACAAUGGUAAAGGCAUCGCUAGCCGACAUAUCUCUUCAGCUGUCUUUAAUCGUUUUGGUUCUUCUAGCUUCGACCUCUGGAAGUCUUGUGUCCAGGCAGGAUGACAUCGCCAUUGCGACUCCGGACACCACCCAGAAUCUGACAUGGUGGCAGACGGCCAUAUUUUACCAAGUUUAUCCCAGGUCGUUUAAGGAUUCGGACGGUGAUGGAGUCGGUGAUAUCAGGGGUAGGUCAGUGAAUUUUGUUUAGGGUGGCAUUAGAGGUAGGUCUUUAAACUUUGGGUCUGCAAUAUCGGAGGUAGGUCUGUAGACUUGCUGUCUGUGAUACCAAAUUUAGUUCUGUAGACGUGAAGUCAAUGAUACCAGGGGUUGUUCUGUAGUCUUAAAAUCUGUGAUACAAGAGAUAGGUCUGUAGAUUUGAAGUUAAAGUUAUCAGAAGUAGGUCUGUAGACUUGAGGUGUGUGAUACCAGAGGUAGGUCUGUAGACUUUAAGUCAGUGGUACAAGAGUUAGGUCUGUAGACUUGCAGUCAGCGAUACAAGAGGUAGGUCUGUAGACUUGCAGUCAGCGAUACAAGAGGUAGGUCUGUAGACUUGCAGUCAGCGAUACAAGAGGUAGGUCUGUAGAGUUGCAGUCAGCGAUACAAGAGGUAGGUCUGUAGACUUGCAGUCAGCGAUACAAGAGGUAGGUCUGUAGACUUGCAGUCAGCGAUACAAGAGGUAGGUCUGUAGACUUGCAGUCUGUGAUACCAGAGGUAGGUCUGUAUACUUAAAGUCAAUAGUAUCAGAGUUAGCUUUGUCCGCUACGGCGCACCUCUUGCCAAGCGGAGUGUGGAAAACUUGAUCGAAACACCUCGAAGUCACCGUCUGGUUGUUAAUUCGAACGCCUUUACCAAUCAAAACAAGCAAACAAAAGCUCAUGAACAAAAUAUUUUCGAUAGGAAAAUGUCAUUUCAGCAGUAGAUGACUUGAUGUAAUAUCUGUCCAAAAAAAACGCCCCCCCCCCUGGUAUUAAAGAAUUCGUAUUUACAGCAAGGCGUGAUGUAACCAAAUCUUAACGAGAAAACCGCUGAACCAUGAUAAAGUUUGGAAUUAAUUUUUAAAAUGUUCUUUCACAUGGAGAGUUUCUUUCUCAAAUGAGAUAUUUAACAAUAUAUAGUGAUAGUUUGGGCAUUGGCCUCAAUACCACUUCCAGUACAUUGUUGCUAAAUCAAUUUCCCCCCCCCCCUUUUUAAGUAAGUUAUUUAAAUAAGAUUUCAGUCAUUUUUGCAGUUCUUUACCCCGACAAAGGGCCAUGUACUCAAUGAAGUUAAAAAUAAAAUUAAUAAAGUUAUCUCUUAUCCAAAAACAGCUAGCUCUUUUUUUUUUUUUAAAGACUUUGCUCUAUCAAACCUUUGGCUAUGUGUGAAUGACUAGGAACAAAUGUUGCUUCAUUGGAGCAAUUUCAAAUGUUUCGUCAAAUAUUUGACUUUUUUUUUCAAACUGUUGCUUUGGAAGAAACAAAGUUAUCUUUUAUCCAAAAACAGCUAGCUCCUUUGUUUUUGUUUUUUUGUUUUUAAAGAACCUGCUCUAUCAAACUUUUGGCUAUGUGUGAAUGACUAGGAACAAAUGUCGCUUCAUUGAAGCAAUUUCAAAUGUUUCGUCAAAUCUUUGACUUUUUUUUUCAAAGUGUUGCUUUGGAAGAAACAAGAAACAAUAGUCGAGGUCUACACAAAACAAUUUUUUUUAAAGAAAAAUUUGUUACUAUCUUUGUCAGCGUUUUAUUUUAUUAUAAACUUGAUUGCGACAGCACCAGUUGGUCCGAGCGCUCGUUUAACAUCAAUCCUUUUAAUACUUAUCAGCAGGUGCUGUUUUCAUCCCGUUUAAACGUUUGGUGAUUAAAAGUUUCUGAUAAUUCCCCAAUGCAAGGCAUUAAAAAAAGAUAAGAGUGACCCAAAUUCAUUGAUAAGAACAUUGCUAUGAGACUUUCUAAGAUGACCAGUAAAAUUUCUUAUCGGGGUCCAUUUCUCUAUCUCCGUUUUUUUUGCUUAUAUUCUUUUAGAAAAAAAAAAUUGCGAUAAAAAGUAGGCCUUUCAAAUCAAGACUAAAUAUCUUUUCUUUUUCAGGCAUUAUUUCCGAACUCGAUUACCUCAAAGAUCUCGGUAUCGAUUGCGUCUGGCUCAGCCCAGUCUACAAAUCGCCCAUGAAGGACUUCGGCUACGACAUCUCCGACUACAAGGACAUCGAUCACAUAUUCGGUUCCAUUGACGACUUCAGAGACUUGAUUUCUGAGAUCCACAACAGAGGUAACACGUGUUGCACCCCCCCCCACCACCACCAGUGUUUCUUUCAGAAUUUUUACCUUGGGUGGGGGGGGGCAGUUCAGAUUUUCGUGUGGGAGGGGGGGCAGUGCCAGGUGGUUUAUUGUUGGACAUAUUUUUCCUCCAGGGGGGGGAACUUAGCUUUCCACGGGGGGGAGGGGGGGCAGCACCCGCCCCCCCGAGAUAUAGCUGAAAGAAACCCUGCCCCCACCCUCAAAUUAAUAACAGUGACAUUUAAGAACAGCGCAAUUGGUUUCUCUACAGCAGUGGUUCUUUACCUGGGUUCGAUCGAACCCAAGGGGUUAAGUGAGUCAGUCUCAGGGUUUCGGUGGAGAUCCAAAAAAAAAAUCAGAAAAAAAAUUAAAUUGUAUAUUUCCUAUUAAGAAGGGUUCGGUGAAUGCGCAUAUGAAAUUGGUGGGGUUCGGUACCUCCAAAAAAGGUUAAGAAUCACUGCUCUAAAGGGAAGAUACUUAAAAGCACCAAAAAAUCGUUUGUAAAAUUGGUGGGGUUACCUCCCGUAGCAAUACUUGAUGAGCGCCGUCAUCCGUAAAGACUUCUUGAAUCUAAAUAUUAUUUCUCUCUAUUAUUCAAAAAUCAAAGCAUAUUCUCAGACAAUCCCGCUGUAAACAACCAACUACGGAAAGGGGGUGGGGGGUGCAGAAGGCAAAUUCCAUUCUAUCGUAGAUAUUUUGUUUAAUUUACUGUCCAAUUGACAAGACCCUCAUAAAUUGAUUUGGUCAAACAUGUAGAUUCUUGACACUUUUUAUGAUGUAUUCUUUAUGACACAUUUUUGUACCCAUUUUUAUUUAGUUGUAUUUUAUUAUAUUUUUUUUAAUAUUUUUUUUUCCCAUGGAGUGUGUUGGGUGGUGGUUUGCAGGGCAGACCAGGUCCUGAACAAAACAACUUGUAGCAUCUGAACUGCAAAGCUAAAUAGUAUACUGCCUAUCGGAAUGAUUUUUGUUUUUUAAAAAUCAUAAAUUCCCCAGAUGUUAUCAUAUGACGAUGUGUCAUAGCACCUGUUUUAUUAUUAUAUGAUUUUUUUAUAAUGUUGUUACGGCAUAUGUCUUAUGAUCAAGCAUGUAAAUUUCAUUUUGAAUUUUUUAGAGCAAAAAAAAAAAGAAUAUAUUUUUGUAAGUCUCAUUUAGGAUUUAAAAUCAGUUAAGAUAUUGAGCUUUAUUUUGAUAUAGCACCCGAUGCUCGACGUAUUUUUGUGUUGUUUAGUAGUCAUAAACCGAGCUAAGCGACAAAGGACCUCUCAACUCUAGUCUCUAUUAAUAUGUUUCACCCUUCAGAGCCCAUCCCUCGUUGAGCCAUGAGCCAUACUGAUAGGGUAAUGAACCGGUGUUUGAACUUUACCCUUUCAGAUCUCAAGUUCAUCACAGACUUCGUCCCCGGUCACGUGAGUGUUGAGCAUGAGUGGUUCAAGCGAAGUGUCAAGCGCGACGGCAAGUACACCAACUACUUCAUCUGGAGCGACGGCAAGGUGCUGGCCAACGGCACGCGUGUGCCGCCGAACAAUUGGGUGAGUCCGGGUGUCGACCUCAUGGGGAGACCAUUUGUUUUUUUGGGACGUAGGAAGAAAGAAACUGCUCUCCAAAUAUUGCAAGACCACAUCAUAACCCUUUCUCGGAGAGGAUAGAAGGAAAGCAGAGGCGUAGCUAAAGACGUCCAUCAAGCCAUACUAGCUAGGGGUGCCAAAAUGUGCUUUGCUGUUAUUUUAUUUUGAAAAUAAUGGGUGAGAGUUUAAAAAAAAAAUGAAAGGGAGGCGAUUGAAAAUUGAUAUUGUCCCCGGGCGUUAAAACUCUAGCUACGCCUCUGAAAGAAAGAAUCUGCUCUCGAAAUAUUUCCAGACGGCCUCGCUGUUUCUGAGAGAGGAUAGAAAGAAAGAAACUGCUCUCCAAAUAUUGCAAGGUCGCCUCGCCCUUUCCGGGAGAGGAUAGAAAGAAAGAAGACCACAUCGCCCCUUUCUGGGAGAGGAAAGAAAGGAACUGCUCCCCGAAUACUUCAAGACUGCGACACCCUGUCUGUGAGAGGUUUAACCGAUGCUUCGAGAGCACAACGCAACCUGCUUUUAACCCGCUGUUUUUCAACAUGGUUGCUGAGCAAGGAUCGCAUUAAAACUGUUGACAUCGUCGUGUUGUCAGAGUAAAAUCUCUUGUACAAACGGUCGGGGAACAAAUAUAAAUCGAUUGCAGCGGUUCCCUCACUGCGUGGUUUAGGGUUCAAUUCCUAACGAGUUGUCCGACUGCAACUUUUAAAGAGGAACAUAUAAUUUAUGUGAUUAUUUUUUCCAUUUUUGUAUUUGUGUAAAAAAAAACAUUGAAAACUUGGCCUCAUGUAUUUCUUCAGUUGUCCGUCUUUGGCGGCUCUGCGUGGGAGUGGAACGAGGAGCGUGGUCAGUAUUACUUCCACGCGUUCGCAACCGUACAGGUGGAUCUGAAUUACAGAGAUGAGAACCUUCAGUGGGAGAUAAAGGUCAGUGAUUGGGGUUGUUUGUCUGGUUUCACAACACUGAUCACAGAUCACCCCCCCCCACUUCUUUCAAGUGACCUGUCCUUACAUUUCAAGACAAGGUGUCUUCAAUGACCAGCUACCUUUAGGGUUACGUAUAAAAAAAAAAUACAAAAUAUAGAUAGCUAACCCUAUCAUUCCUUUACAUUAUGUAAACAAUGAAAUAGAUCACAAUCACUUGAUUUCAUGCUGCAUCUAUUUUUUUCCAUGUCAGGACACGUUCCGAUUUUGGCUUGACCUCGGAGUGGACGGCUUUCGGAUUGACGCCUUCUCCCAGCUGGUGGAGAGCGCCAACACGUCGCUGGACGAGCCCCUCUCUGGCAACGACGUCCCACCUGUAGGAAAUUCUUUUAUUAAUAAAUCCUAUCAUUUCACACAUCUUUCAAAAACAAUCAUGCGUAUGUCAUGUACCAUUAUAGAGAUUGUAUACCAUUAUAUACCAUUUUAUAUCAUUAUAUACCAUUAUAUGCCAUUAUAUACCCUUAUAUAACGAACUUUCAUGUGAGUUAAAUUUAGAUAAAUAUUGGACAAAAGUGGCAAAAGAAAACUUGUUUUCGGAAUUUUUUUAUUAGGAGGCGGGGGUUGGAGGAUAGGGGGCAGGGAUAGGGAUGGUUGAUGAGGAGGGGUGGGGAUGGGGUUGGAGGGUAGGGUAGGGUUUAACUCGAGUGAACAUAUUUCUGUUUAAUCCUUAGCAAUUGUGGAAAAACUGUAAACUUCAAAGGAAUUAACUAGAAUAUUCAGUAAAAAUUAAUUAGCAUGGCUUUCCGUCAAUUGACCUGAUGUCACGUCCAAGUUAUUGCGACGUCCAUCUCAAUUUCAAACACUUGACUCUGAAUCUGCCCUACCUGACAUUUCCGUUUAAUCCAUCUCUCAGAACGAGUACGCCUACCUGAAGCACGUCUACACCGCCGACCAGCCCGAGAGCAUUCCGAUCCUGGCGUCUUGGUACGAGGUCCUGCAGGAGUACAUCCUGAAAGACGGCAAGGAAAGGUGAGCCACCUGAAUUUAAUUUAAAUUCCUACCCUCAGUGACCCGGUGGAUCUCGGCUAACCACAUUUAUACCGGUCCGUACAGAUCCGAACGUCCACGCUGCAGUAUUCUUUGAGCAUCGGUGUAACGUGUUAAACAAGAGACAUAUACUUCGUCUACUGACUUAAAUUGACUUCCAUAUUUAUUUGAUCCUGAACCUAUGGACCCUCGAUGGAUUGUUCUCAUCAUCAUCAUCAUCAUCAGUGGCACUACAGCCCAUGAAGGGCCCUGGCCUGCUCCACCACAUCCUUCAACUCGGAGCGAUCCAUGGCUUUCCGUCUCAAUGCUCGAACUCCCAACUGAAAGUGGCCUCUGUGACGAUAAUGAGUUUGAAGAACAUUGGCUCAAUCUUCAUAAUUCCGCGACCCUAUAAUACAGUUCCUCGUGUUGUGGCGAGCCCCCAACCACACAACUCUUUUCGUUGCUGCUUCAUAACUCUGGAGUUUAUGUGUUUUCAGAUGGCCUUAGGCGACCCCUGUGAAUGGGUCGUUCAACCUCUCAAAGGUGUCGUGACCCGCAGGUUGAGAACCGCUGGCUUUGAAAGUUAAACUAUGGCAGUUAAAUUAAAUGUCUUUAAUCCAAACAGUUUUGAUUGAUCCGUGAGUUUUCAGAUUCCCAAAUAACCGUAAGCCAUUAAAUAUUUAAGAGAAUUCCGUGAUAUGGUCUUGUGUGAUGUUUUAACAUUCAGCAACACCCGCUCUCUCUCCUCCUCCCACCCCCCCCCCCCGGUGGCCGAGGAUUCUAAACACAAAAAAAAGUAUUUAACAAACAAAUGUGGUACUCUAGACUCCAGAGACAGCAAAUUUGAUUUCAAUUUCAAGUUAAAGCGUUCCACAUGACGCGUUUUCAAUUGACCAUGUUACGGAACGAUUUUACGCGCUGCCAAGCACAUUAAAAGUUGAAGUGCACGAUUGACGAAGUACUUUUAAUUUGGGGGAUGCAGGGGGGGGCUGGGGGGAGGGGAGGGAGGAUGUGGACAGUAUUGAUUGGUGAAUUCAACGUUUCUAGCAGUUAGGAAUUUACUUUGACCCCCCUGUACACAGCGAGCGGCAGAUCAAUAGUGUUUGUAUUAAGACCCCCCCCCCUUAAUGACGUCAUCGGAAACGUUUGUAUUGAACCCUCUUAAUGAAUUGAUCAGUAUUUUUUUUUUGUAUUAACAUUCUGUUAAUUAUGCCAUCAGUACAAAUUUUAAUAAAACCCCUCUUCAUUACGUCAUCAGUACCGAUAGUAUUAAAACAUUCGUAAAGACAUCGUCAGCACCCCUUUUUUAUAAAAACCUACUCAAUGACGUCAUCAGUAUCGUUUGCAUUAUUAAAAAAAAUCCGAUGACGUCAUCAUCUCCGUGUGUAUUAAAACGCCUUCUUCAUGCCACCCCCUUCCUCCUCCCCCUUUAGGUACAUGGUGGUGGAGAUCUACGCCACGCCGCAGGUCAGGAACAGACUCUACGUCACGGGCGCGAGCCCUUUCAACUUCGACCUGCUGUCCAUGAGCGCCAAGCCCACGGGUCAAGAGAUCCUCCACAUGGUCAUGAGCGAGUACGACGAGCUGCCCACCGGCAGGUGGCCCAACUUCGUGGUGAGUGUUAUCAUCAUUUACUUUUCAAUUUUCUUAAGAGAAAGUUGAGAAGAAUUACCUUUAGGAUCAUGUCAGCGCUUCAGUGAAAUUGUAAAAAAGUUAUUUACAUUUUUCUAUUGGAUGUGUUGUUGUUGUUUUGUUUUGUUUUUUGUGCGACCGCCUGUGGCACACCGUUUCAAAAAUGCAUUUCAUCAACAAACAACAAUAACGAGACUCGCUAUUUUUUCUGGCCAACAGUAUGACUUAACUGAUAACGUUUCGUUGGAGAUGGUGUCGGUGGGUCGUCGAGUUCGCACUCAUAAUACCCUCUCCGGCACUCCCCCAAACGGGCCAAAGCCGAAGCUCCAGACCGUGCAGAAGCGCGCCAGGGACUCCCCCCCCCUUCCCUAUCGAGGGGCGUCCGAGGGGGCUGCGUUUAAAGCGUCCGUAGCCCGCUCUCCUAUGGGUCAGGACGGCUUUACUUCCUCUCCGGAGAGGUGGCGUUGCGUUACCACUCCUCACCGCCCCAGGGAGCUGUCCGGUCUUAUGACUUAACUAAACGCGGUGAUGGUGUUUAAACGCCUUUUCUCAGCAGCUACAAGCGCUGUGGUUCUGUUUACAUUUCGUCGGACUACUUGAUGGGGGACAAGUUUCUCACUGCCGAAAUUGUUUACCAUCUCCUUUGUGUGUGUGUGUGCAACUGAGUGUGCGUGCAUGUGCGAGAGUUAUAACUGUACAUUUGAUUUCACCUGACACAUUCAUUCUGAAGUUUUUUUCGCGCGUGUAAGGCGAAUCAUGUAAAUAAUUGCCGUUCAAAUUUUGUUUCUUUGUAAAAAAAAAAAAAAAAAAAAGUGGGUUUUGACUUCGUAAUGCCUCGACCCUUUAAUACAGUUCCCGAUAACGUGGUGAACCCAAAUACCAUACCCUUAAUUUCGUUGCAUAAAUAUUUGUUUCGCGAUGGUCUUAGGCGACUCCUGUGUUAGCGUCAUUCGAUCCCCCAAGAGCUCGCGACCCAUAGGUUGAGAACCGCUGUUCUAAAAAAAACUUAACAAUAGAUGGCAUGUCUACAUAAUUUUUCGUUGACUUCAUGUGGAACUCUAUGAUGACAUUGUCGUAUCAUCCAUCAUCAUUUGUGUCCCGUCGGUGUUACACCUCGCCCCUAUAAACUGUCCUUCAAAAACCUCCCCACAGGACACGUGACCAGCCUGGCGGGACAAAGUGAACGGACACAGUAACUGGAUUAAGAUUGUAUCGAUACCUUGAUCACGACGUAAUGAGAUCAGAUAUCGUCCACAUUUCUUACCAACAUUUCCAUUUUUUUUUUUUUGGUUUCUUUUUUAAAAGGCUUGAGAUCACUUCCUUAUUUUUAGAAUUUUAGGAUACUGCCCUUCCAUUCCUCCCCCCCCCCCCCCCCCCCCCCAAUCACAUAAUCCUAAUUUUGAGACGAUGAUUUACCGUUAAAGGACUCCGUAUUCAAAAAUAUAAAUCAUCUUUCAUUUCGUCUUUAUUGACAGACAGCUUUAUCAACACCUUCAACUUUUUAACAACCCUAGAUCGACUUUUUCGAAACCAUAAUUUCCUCGCAGGCGUGAAGCCAACUUGUAAAUGUUCAUGAAAUAUAAAAAAAUAAUUUUAUUGCAGCCACGAAAAGAAGCUGAGAGGUUCCGGGAUGGUGUGCUAUGGUGAAAUGUUGAAAUCAGAACCUUUUUACUUCUGUAAAGCGUUCAAAAUAAUUGAAUUAUUUGCAUUACAAGAAUGACGUACACAAUGUAUCCCUUCAUUUUUUGCGAUAAGGUUUUUUCCACCAGUUUCGGCCAGAGGAGUGUCGGUCCGAGUGUCAGACAGAACGUGGGACAGAAUGUCGGACAGAGGAGUGUAGGCCUUAGUGUCGGACAGAAAUGCUUCAACUUUCGGCACUGAAUGAAUGAUUCUUUUUUCCUAUUUUUUUCCCUCCAAAUCCAGCUCGGUAACCAUGACAACCGCCGCAUCAGCCAUAAGUAUGGCGCCGAGUACGUGAACGUGUACAAUACGUUGCUGCUGACGCUAUGGGGGACGCCCACCACCUACUACGGGGAGGAGCUAGGGAUGCUGGAGGCGGAGAUAUCGUGGGAGGACACGGUUGACCCUCAGGGUCUUGGAGCCGGGCCGGUCAGUUCGAAACUUAAUUAAUUUUAUCAGGAAGCUGUUUCAUGUCAAGGUGUGCAGGGGCUGACAGGUGUUUCGAGGCAAUGUUGCACCUGCUGGUCCACCCUCACGUUUUUUUUUUCACGAUUUUCGGUCAAAACUUUUAAACUGAUUUGAUAUCUGCAAAUGAAUUUCAAUAGAGGUUUUAGUUGCAUCAAUUCCAUCUAGAGUUUUACACAUGUGAAGACUAAGUGCCUGAAAAAAAUUCAUGGCGUUGUGAAAUAUUCCCACUUUCAGCUCCGCUACAAACAGUUCACGAGGGACCCCGAGAGGACCCCCAUGCAGUGGACCGACGGCUACCAGGCUGGCUUUACCACCGGAAACACAACAUGGCUUCCGCUGGCGGAGAACUACACACAGCUCAAUGUCAAGGUCAGCAAUAUAUUAUCUUCGCCUUUCCACAAAUGUCUAGUAUGUCCGUUCGGUUUUUGUUUGGCAACAGAGAAACAUUUUACACACCACCAACGACUGUUAUCCCGCAUUCAGAUUUUGUAAAAAAAAGAUAUUACGACUUUACUUUUGUAGGAGUAAUUGCACAAUGAUACACCGUGCUUUGAGGCUCAACGCCAUCUUAAAAUACCAAUAGGUUUAGCAAAAUAAAACGAUAUCACAGACAUCGUUUUACAACUACGAAUACGACACCGAUUCCAAAAUGGGCCUCUCUCAUGCCGUCAUUGAAGCAUGAGCGAGGUUGCUAAGGCAACAUGUCGCUGACACCCAUAAUAGAUGCUUUUUACAGGGAAAUCCAACCAAAGAAGACUUUUUUUUGUUAAAAUGGAGCACAAAGAUAAAGUAUCACUAAAAACUGCUUGCCGUAUUGAUAACAGCAUUGGAGUACUUUCACAGCACUUUCACAGCACUUUCACAGCAGUUUCACGGCAGUUUCACAGCACAUUCUUUUUUGUUUUUAUUUCACCCGUCACAGGUUGAAAACAGCAGUUCUGAACAAACAAGUCUCAAACUGUACCGGCAGCUCGCACGUCUGAGGAAGAGCCAAGCCUUUCAGACCGGUGUUUUCAAGGUAUUUCCAGUGAAUUCGUUCGCGGUCCCUCUUAUCAUCGUUAAUGUGGUAGUUUCUGAUGCAUGGCCUCGGGGCUGGAGUAAAAUAUCAGCUGUUUUUUUUUUUUUAAAUACGCUACCUUUGAUGCUCACAAUCAGGCGAGGGUUUUUAUUUUAUUUCUAUGGAAUUAUGCUUUAGAUGCUAAUUGGACUCAAUAUUUGAUACCAGAGGCUAACUAGACUGCAGAUGAAUUAGGAGAUGCUCACUAGACUAGAGAUUAUGUCAUAGAUGCUAACUAGACUAGAGAUUAUGUCAUAGAUGCUAACUAGACUAGAGAUUAUUUGAUAGAGACUAACUAGACUAGAGAUUAGAGAUCAUUUAAUAGAGGCUAACUAGACUAGAUAUUAGAGAUCAUUUAAUAGAUGCUAACUAGACUAGAUAUUAGAGAUCAUUUAAUAGAGGCUAACUAGAUAAGAGAUUAUUUAAUAGAGGCUAACUAGACUAGAAAUUAUUUGAUAGAGGCUAACUAGACUACAGAUUAUUUAAUAGAGGCGAACUAGACUAGAGAUUAUUAAAUAGAGGCUAACUAGACUGGAGAUUACUAAAUAUAUUAUGCUAAGUAGACUAAAGAUAAGAGAUUAUUUAAAUACAGACACUUUUGUACACAAUCCUCUAAGUAACAGUCACACCAGCCACUAUUGAAUAUUGCUUGUACCCGAUACAUUCUAUUUUUACCUAUAAGACCUAUAAUGCUUAAAGGACCCACGCCAUCAAUUAAAUCUUAAUGAACACCUAUGCCCCCCUCCCCCCCCCCCGCCCCCCAGGCCGCCCUUGCCAACGACGACAUCCUGGCCUACCUGCGCAUAGGCGCCACCAAAGCCUACCUGGUCGUACUGAACGUCGGUCGGGACACCAUCGUCGAUCUCAGCCGGUACGCGGGUGAUGCAGGCACACCAGUAGCCGUUACGCCAGGUACGUACUGGUCGAGAUAGCCACUGACUUGUAUGUAUCCAUGUACACCAAAAUUAACUGGAUAGUUUGAAAAUCAUAGGUAACUUCAUUGCUCUAAUAUUGACUCGCAAGGGUUAUCAAUUUCUUCAUCGUUUCUGGAAAUCCAACCACCCAGCGUUACCUACGGGUCAGUAAUCAAAGGUAAAUACAAAAUUACAUUUAUAAAGACAAAUCAAUAUAAAAUAAUGAAAUAAUCAGAAUUGAUCAUAUUUAAUUGCAUUUUGAUUUUCACAAGAGUAUGGACAUUUAUAUUGAGUCGAUUGCUUUGCAGUAUAACCCAUCUAUGUUUUCUACGUCACAUAAUUAGAGCUAAAACAACUUCUGAAGCCGAUAUGGGUGCAAUUCCUUUUAUUUUAAAAACCCUUUUUAUUAACUUCGCUUUUUUUUUUCGUGUCUCUCUGUGUGGCGAAAUCUUCGGAAGGCCAACGGCCCCACUUGCCGUCACGCUAUCGAGCUGAAACUUGUCACAUAGACAUGUUGCCGAUGACAACACAUUUUUUUUCAAAUUAUCAGCCCCCAGCCCUCCAAAUUAAGCUUUUUUUGCUAUUUUUUCAAACGGGAGAUGAAGGGAAUAUGACGCAAUAUUUUUUUUUUUUUUUUAAAGAAUUGUAACCAUGGCCACGUCGCACAAUGAUGCAGAAAAAACGUUUCGGGGCAAAUCCAUAAGGUUGGGCGAAAAGCACUAGAGUUUGUUCUUGAUGGGGAAAUGACAGAAAUAUGAAACGUGUUUUCGUGAUAAUUUUUACAAGAACUUGGUUUGAUAAAAACAAUUUUCUUAUGAAAAAAAAAAAUCGGUGCCCGCAAUCACAUUCAUGAUAAAUCACGUACAAUUACAUAAAUGAAAAUGAAGAUGCAUACGAAGAAUUUUUACAAAAAAACACACUUUUUUUUAAAUUUCUUUUCUUUUUAUUAUUAAGACUAAUAUAUAAUUUAAGCUAACAUACAGAGAAUAGCGUCGUUCUCUGUUUACGUCCGAUGAUCACUAUGUGAAAGAGUUGAUUUCUCUCAGGUCAAGUUCAACUUUUGUAGAUUUUGUUACUGACUUACUUCUUUUACGUUCACUAGGUACGAGGGGCGUCAAGGAGGGCGUUUCUGUGGAUCUGCACGCCCUGAGUUUGGCGCCGGGAGACGGGCUGGUGCUGGAGGUCAAUAGAAACCACGAUUACAUCAUAGGAUAAAAUCAUAGGAUAAAAUCAUAGGAUAAAAUCAUAACCAUAGGGUGAAAGCUGUGAUCAAAAAGGGAGACCUUCAAGGGGGUCCAAGGUAUGCACACCAUGGUUCAUUUUGUAUUCCCGAACAGUCAUUAAAAAGUACUACAGCUG